AUGAAGCGCCCUUUCAAUCUUUUGGCAAAUUUUUGUUCAACUCGAUUGAAAUAUACACAGAUAUCAAAAGGCAAUCUGCGUACUCUUACUCAGCCCAUUGCAAAUAAAAAACCAAAUUAUACAACUGCUGAAGACGCCAUGAAUCUUAUUAAAAUAGUUUCAGGAUACAAUCUGUUUGUACACUCAUUUGCAUCAACACCAACUGAAUUACUUCAUGCCAUGUGUAACCAUGUUCGAAUAAAUAGCAUUAAAAAUUUGAAUUUGCACCACAUCGGUUUAUGCGGGGAAGUGCCUUGGAUUUCCGAAUACUUUCAUGGUAAAAUACGUUCAAAUUGCUUCUUCAUAUCAGAUAAUUUACGCACACUGGUGCAGCAAGGGCAUGCUGAUUACACUCCAAUAUUUCUUUCACAAUUACCAUAUCUGUUUUCUCAUUUUGAAAUUCCGAUUGAUGUUGCUAUCAUAACAGUAUCUCCCCCCGAUGAACAUGGAUUUUGUACGACUGGAAUUACUUGUGAAGGAUCUUACGAAGCUGUUCGAGCAGCUAAAUCCAUUAUUGGUUAUCAUUUUUUUGGAAAACUAAACCAACAACCAGUUUACAUACAUGUUUGUUUGUAUAUUGCAUUAGAGAAGAGUACAAUGCCAAGAACAUUCGGUGAUACACUAAUUCACAUCUCACAUUUUAAUGCAGUAGUACAAAGUAAACAGCCAAUUUAUAUGCGUACUGAAGAUGAAAUGCUAUUAUUAAAUGAUACUGAAAAAAAAAUUGGUAGAAUAAUCGCUGAAGAAUUGGUCGCUGACGGUGCUACGCUGCAAAUAGGUAUUGGGACGAUUCCAGAAGCAGUGUUGCAUGCACUGAAUAAUCAUCGGAAUCUCGGUGUACAUACUGAAUUGCUUAGUGAUGGUAUCAUUGAUUUGUUCAAGAAAAAUAUUAUAACAAAUUGCUUAAAAACUGUUGAUGCUGGAAAAAUUGUAACAUCGUUUGCAUAUGGCACUCAAGCAUUUUACGAUUUUGUAAAUAAUAAUCCAAUCGUGGAAUUCCGUAGCUCGGCUUACACAAAUGAUCCUGCUGUAAUUGCACGACAAAGCAAAAUGACUGCUAUAAAUUCUGCGAUCGAAAUAGAUAUUACUGGACAAAUUGUUUCUGAUUCAAUUGGAUCUAUGUUUUAUUCAGGCUAUCAUUUUGAUAAUUUUUUAAAUGGCGCAGGUGUAGUAACAACAAGAGGUCAUGCUCGUUACAUUGUUACCGAAUAUGGAAUUGCUCAACUUUGGGGUAAAAAUGUAAGACAGCGAGCAUAUGAAAUGAUUCGAAUCGCUCAUCCCAACCAUCGUGAAUCAUUAGAAAAAGCCGCAUUUCAACAAAUGCACUGCAUGCCAAGCAAAGAUUAA